AUGAACCCCUCCUUAAAAUUAAAAACCUAAUAAUCAACCAAGACAUUUCAUCAAAAAGACUCUCCGAAAAUGAAAAGGACCUAAAGUAAUUACCUACUACCCAGUAAAUCAUAAGGUCAAAAACUAAAAACCACAGGUUACGGAAAUGAUCAAAUCAGAUUAAACAACUCUAUCAAUUAUCUAUAAGAAAAUACAAAAACCUUUUGUACCUCAAUUUGUAUUCCUUACAAAACAGAAGAAACUGAAAACAAGAAUGAAAUAAACAUAAAACAGCAAUUAAUUAUUGAAUUGAAUAAAAAAAAUUCUCAAUUACAAAUAAAUAAUUAAGUUUUAUAGCAAUCGAACAAAUAAAUGUAGGAUGAUAUUUUAAUACUUAAUCAAACAAUAGAAUAAAUUUGUAAUCGGCUUUCAAAACAGAAAGAACAAUCUGAAAAUUUAACAUCUUAAAUCAACGAUCUGUAAAACACUGUAUCUCUUUAAAAAUAAGAAAUUUCAAAAUUUAAGAAUGAAAACUUUAAAUUAAUGACGGUUCUCAAAAUAGGUAAACAAAAAAAUGGUAAGGAAAAUAAUCCUGAAUUAAUUCAACAUAAUUAUUAAGAAUAAAUUAAUUUGUUGAAAGAACAAAUUUCAAUAUAGAAAUAGGUAUUCUAGUAAACAGAAUCCACCCUCUAAAAAUAAAUUAAAAAAAUAACUUCCUUUUUUAAUAAAUUCUUUUUGUCAAAUAAUAAUCUAAACUUAUCAAAUACUAAAAAAAUAUUCUCUCAAAAUGAAAAUGAUACAAUCUAAUUAUUAUUUGACGAUGAUGAAUCGGAAGCAAAUGAUCCAAAAUAUAUUUUAUGCUAAACAAUACAGAAUUAAACAGAAAAAUAGUAAAAUUCUGUGGUUGAAAAUACUAAUCUAUCAAAUACUAAAGAAAUUUCAAAACUUAAGUAAAUUCUUUAAAUAUAAAAAUUAUAAAUUGAACGCUAAUAAAAAACCAUCUUGAAUUAACACUUUGAAAUUUAAAACCUAUAAAAUUUAAUGUAUAAGUAAGAUUAUGAAAGUAUUGCAGAAUUUAACAGAAACAGUGUGAAUAAUAAUGAUUAAUUUGCGACUUAAUAAUUUGCAAAUUCUCCAAAUGAUGAAAUGUGCUAUCAUCUUAACGAUAGUUAAUGUGACAUUAAGCCAUAAUGUUUUUUAGAUAGUAUGUAAAAUACUCUCUAAAAAUUUUAAGUCAUCACAGAAGAAGGCACUUUUAGAAAUUGA